UCUAAAAAUGAUUCCACUAGGGUUUGUGCAGAGUGUGAGCACAAAGAUAAAGGUUGUAAAUGGAGAAUUUGGGCUUCAUGGGAGAGAGGAAGAAGGUCAUUUACAGUGAAAACAUUUGUCAGUGAGCACACUUGUAGUAGGACACCUAUCAUUAAGAAGAUGACUUCACAUUGGAUUGCAGAACACUACCAGAAUCUGUUUAAGGUUAACCCUUACAUGAGAGUGCAAGAUAUUCAGGAAACCAUUUGGUUAGAAAAGGGUAUAAGGGUGAGCAAAGACAAGGCUGCCAGGGCUAGGAGAAGGGGUCAAGCACUCAUUGUUGGUGAAUACAAAGAGCAGUAUGCAUUACUCCCAAGGUAUGCAGCUGAGAUACUAAGAAGCAAUCCAGGGAACACAGUGAAGUUGAAGUUGGAUGCAAAUGUGUUUGACAGACUGUAUUUGUGUUUUGAGGCACUUAGGAAAGGGUUCUUGGCAGGAUGCAGACCUUUCAUAUCACUUGAUGGAUGUUUCUUAAAGGGACCAUUUGGGGGUCAAUUGUUAGUAGCAGUAGGGAGGGAUGGAAACAAUCAAAUGUUCCCUUUGGCUUGGGCUGUUUGUGAGGUUGAGAGCACUGACACAUGGAGUUGGUUUCUAGAACUUCUAGCUACUGAUUUAGGCACUAGUGAAGGAGCAGGGUACACUUUCAUGUCUGACCAACAAAAGGGUUUACUUGCUGCUGUGUCAAAUGUGUUUCCACAAGCUGAAAGUAGGGUGUGUGCAAGGCAUGUGUACUGUAACUUUAGGGGAGUGUUUGGAGGUGGUUUAGAGUACAGAAAACAAUUUUGGACUAUUGCAAAAAGAAACACAGUAAAUCACUUCAAUGAAAACAUUGAAGUAAUGAGGGGUAUUUCACAUGAAGCUGCUGAAGACCUACUGAAAAGGAACUACAAGAAAUGGUGUAGGGCAUUCUACACUCCAUUAUCUUGUUGUGACAGUGUAGACAACAACAUGAGUGAGGUGUUUAAUGCAUACAUCUUGAGUGCAAGGCACAAGCCUAUUAUUACCAUGUUGGAAGAUAUCAGAGAGGGUUUGAUGGAAAGACUGCAUAAGAAAAGAGAUUUCAUUGGGAAAAAGGAGAUAAUGUUGUGUCCUAGGAUCCAAAUUCAGUUAGAGAAACACAAAAUUUGGGCUAGGGGUUGGAAUGCAUACUGGGAUGGUGGGUUUUGCUAUGGAGUAAGAGAAGGUGCAACACAGGUUAAGUAUGUGGUGGAUCUGAACCAACAUACUUGCAGUUGCAAUGCAUGGCAGGUGAGUGGGAUUCCAUGCAAACAUGCAAUUGUUGCUAUAUGGAAUAAAGUAGACCACCCAGAACAAUAUGUCAAUGCAUAUUUCUGGAAACAGACCUACAUGAAGGCAUAUGAAUUUUUGUUAGAGCCUUUAAAUGGUCCUCAAGAGUGGCCUACUUCUGAUAGCAUUGUUGUGGCUCCAAAGGUGAAAAAGGUCAAUGGAAGACCUAAAACAAAGAGGAGAUAUGGUGUUGGAGAGGUAACUGCAUCUGGUAAGCUGAAGAGAACAGGUUGUUCUAUGAAAUGCAGCUUAUGUGGUGUGAUAGGCCACAACAAAAGGGGUUGCAAGAAUGCCCCUAAGCAACAACAACACAGCAACAAUCAUGCUACUGCAGAGCAGACCACACCACAGCAACAACACCCAAGAACCAGUUCAGCUAUACCAAUGCACAAUAGGGGUGUGGGUAUUUAUACCUACCCAAAUGGGUAUCAAAGAAUAGCUACUCCUAUAUCACAACACUUCCCCACACCACAGAGGCAAAGACCUCCUGCAGCUUUCUAUUCUGAUCAUGGGGGUGAGCAAACCAUCUACUCCUUCCCUGCACAUGACUUCCCAUUGUCACAGACUCAACCAAGUCAAGGACACACAAUAUCAAGCCAAGCAUUGCAGGAUCUUGCAAUGGCUAGAAGAUUAGAAAAAAGACCAUGAG